AUGGCUCCCAUCCCUCUCCCCACCUCCCAUGUGGCUCCUCACUCUGUCGAACCCUCCCACAAGGCAACCCCUCUCCUCGAAACCUGGAUCCUAUCCGACCAUAGUGCAAUCGUACAAAUCGGGAAGGGCUUCCUCGUAGGAUCACUCAUCGGCUUCAUCAUAGCUUGUGCUCUCUGCUUCUGGUAUCCCUGCAUUCACUUCUACUACGCCCUACCCGGCGAAGACUACCACAGCUUCCACAUGCCCGACUAUCGCAACUUCCGUCUGCGCCUCCGGCCUCGCGGUGGCUUCCGCGACUUCGCCCGCCGCAGGCUGCGUCUCUUCUUCCUGGGCCGCGAGGAGCGGACCAUCGGCUCGCGCACCGACGACGAGGAGAUUGUUGACCUCGAAGCCGGUAACAAUAUCCCGCUUCAGCAGGGCGUGAACCAAGGACUGCGCUCCGAGUCUGCCGCCCAGCAGAACGACCGGCCGGUUUUCCAGGGAUUGUUCAUGUUCAACCAUCCCACCAUCCCCGAGCCCAUCUCUCCCCAGACGAGCGCCACCCCAGAGAUCACCAUCACCCCUCCUCCCGCCGUUGCCGCCCGUCCCCGCGACAUCGCCCACGAGAACGCCCAGAACGCCCGCGUCCGUCAGCAGACCAUCGACAGCAUCACCUGCCCCCGCGAGCGCGCCCUCCAGCAGGAGUUUGAGAGCAACCUCCGCGAGAUCGAGCGCCGCACCGAGCAGUCCCCGGCCACAAUGCCGCCCAUCGGUCCCAACGGCCACUUCACGCCUCGCCACAGCAUGGACGCCGUCCGUCCUCAGCAGAGCGAGGAGGAGACCAGCGGCGGCGCCCCCUUCUGGGGCUGGCUCCGCUUCCCCCGCGCCCGCUCUGAGUGA